GUACUUGUGUAAGGGCUACUGCAUUUUAAUAAGAAAUUCUGCAAUGGAUGUUAGCCAAGGGGUCAGCAUCACUGCAAGGGCAUGAAAUGAAAUGGUUAUGACUGCAGAUUGUUGCAUCUCUAAAAGGGAGAAAGAAAAAAAGUGAAACAGGCUGCAUUCCUAAAGAAGAUCCAUGUGAUAUUCUUUAGCAAUUGAGCAGCUAGAAAUCACUCCUAGCUCAAGGACUAAAGGGAUGGGCAAGCUGCAUUUAUGGCAUAUGGUGUUCCAGUCUACUUCCAGUGUAGGUUUUUAAGGUACAAGCCCCAAAAGCAAUGAUACUGAGCUCCUGCUCCACAAGUGAAUGACAGGAUGAAUGAAAUCCUGCACUGCUUUGCUGGAGUUUUACUUGUUUGUAACCAUGAUUCAACCAGAUGUAGUUGACACGUGAAAAAAUGUCAAAGGUGGUGUUUACUGCUGGCACUGCACUUUAUUUGGGCUUGAAAACAAAAAAAAUAGAAAGGAAAUAAGAAACAUCUGGCUUCAAUUAAGUCUCAGAGGAAAUGGAGAGAAGCAGAAGAAACACAUCUAGUCACUCAAGAACAGUUCUGUCUUCCCACAGCUGUGUCACAUACAGACUUGCAAGGAAUAUGGUUUUCUUUCAGUCUGAGAAGUGAUAGAUGCCCCAUCACUGAAGACACUCAAGUCCAGUCUAGACAGGGCUCUGAGCAACCUGCUCCAGCUGUAGGUGUCCCUGCUCCUUGCAGGGGAGUUGUACUAAUGACCACUAAUAGUCUCUUCCAAUUCAAAACAUUUUAUGAUUCUAUAGCCCUCUUAUUUAGCUGUUGGUGGUUGCACCAUGUGUGCCAGGGCCUCACUCCCUGUCAGAUGGGCACAGGCCCUUUGCAGUAGCUGCAGCUACCAGCCUGGGCAGAGGUAGCAGCAGCUGCUGAGUAGUCCCUGCUUCACCUCCUGUCCCAAUUACAUAGUGUGGAGGUGCCAUUUACACUCCUGAAAUUAAGCACCAAGGCCUGCUGUUGGCCAGCCCUAACAAAGUCAGCGUUUCCAUCUCUGUUACCACUCAUGGGAAAGACCUCUUCUCCCUCUCCAGCCUCCCCCCUUGGAACCUUGGCUUCCCCGCUAUAAACACUCUGGUAGUGGCCCCGACAGGCCUCUGGUGUUAACACCCUGCCCAGCAAGGGUAGAACCAUGCCAGACAGUGUCCUGGGACCAUGGACAGGUCUGGUUUGGGGACCAGAGGCUAUGUUGAUGUGCACUGGGGUGUUGUGCUGGGUGGGAGGAGUGGUCCACCAGCAUGGCUGUAGGCCUGACACACACAGCAAGUGGGCUCUGGCCUUGUUCCUACAAGCAUAGCUGGGUGCCUGCUCCAAGCAACAAGAAUACUUGAGACAGAGUAUCUUGAUAAGUGAGAUAUUUUGUGGGGUGAAAAAUGUUUGAAAUAAUUAUGUGCUACUUCUCUACAAAUAUAUGUAUUUUUGUGCUUAUUUUCCUAAAUGGAACUGAAAAGGUUAAAGUUCUAGCGGUAGGCGAGUGGCAGUUAAUGGUUUAUCCAUCACGAGGUUAUGGAUGUAUAAUAUAAUUUUAUAGCAGAGCAGACAUUUGGCACCGCAACAUGCCUUCACUCCACUGGAAGAGAGUGUUGCUUGGGAUUGCCUGCUGUGCAGUGACUGUGACUCUCUGUUCCCUGUGCAUUUGGCAGCUUGUUGUCAGGUUUCACAAAGAAACUACAGGACCUGUGGUACCUCCUUGCUUCUGCCUCAAUGGUGGACUCUGCCAGGAUUCUACCUGCGUGUGCCCCAGCGAAUGGGCAGGACCAUUUUGUGAUAUAGUUAACUUCUGUGAAGACAGUGUUUACACAGUGAACGUUUCUGAAAACGUUAUUAAAAACCUUACUUUUGGAAGGAUUGUAGUGGGUAAAUACAGCAGCUCCAAAGAGAAGUGUGAACCUAACACUGUGAAUGGUAACUCUUCAAUUGCAGUCCGGCUGUGUUCCAGAAAGGGAAUCAUUCCUGUUUUAGAGCCUCCCAGUAUUCUGAAUUGUAAUGAAAAUCUGGACUCUCUAGCAUUACAGGUGGGAACUGCAGACACCAGCAAUGUUUCAGCAAUUGCAAGUAAUACUCAGAUCCUUACCUCCAUUCCCAGUCGACUGACAACGCAGAACAUCUCUGCUGCUGCAAAUAUUGCAGUGCAGAUUCUAAGAAAACCAAAUGUUUCAGAAGACUCUCAGGCAUCUGUGGCAGUUCUAACUACAGUGAGUCAGCUCUUGGAUGCCAAUGAAACAGAAUUCAAUGACAAUAAUCUUGUCAAUGUUACAGCAAGCCUCACGAAAACAAUGGAAGAAUUUUCUUUGACGGGCAAUGUCACUCAGCCCAACGUGGCAGUCCAGUCUGCUCCACUGAAACUCAGCUCCUCUACAGUUCUGUUUUUGGCACAGAGAGGUAAGCUGGCACAUGCUGCAACAACAACCCUGGGAUAUUUUCCAUCAACAAAACUAGAAAUACAGGAAAACGUCCCUGGGCUUACUAGUGAACUGAGUACUGAAGUCCAGAUACUGCUUGAUAUUAAAAGUAACAGUUCGUCAAAUGAUGGCAGAGUUGGCUUUGUCCUUUAUCAAAAUGACAAACUCUUCAAGUCAAGGAUUUAUAAGAGUAACAAUAAUUUAUCUAAACGAAUUGUUUCUGGCAAUAUUGAUGGCGGAAGAGCCAGUGGUGUUGAGAUAGCCUUCAAUCCCAAGUACAAUACAUCCGAACUUCAACUGCAUGAUCAUGCCUGUGUCUUUUGGGACUACGCUAUCAACGACUGGAGCACCGCAGGCUGUACAAAAGGAAGAGACCAAUUCUUGAGAUGCAAGUGCAAUCACACUACUAAUUUUGCUGUUUUGAUGGCCUUUCAGAUCAAAUAUAAAUACGCUAAGCCUUUGGAGUAUAUCUCUUACGUUGGUGUUGGAUUGUCCAUUGCUGGUCUCGUCAUUACCAUUUUGUUUCAAAUAUUUACUAGGAAAACACGAAAGUCAUCUAUAACGUGGAUGUUAGUGAGUCUCUGUUUUUCCAUGCUAAUUUUUAACAUCAUCUUCAUCUCUGGAAUUGAAAACCAAAAUGCCAGGAAAGCCAGUAGUGAUACCAGUGGAAAUAACCAGCAAUUCAAUACUUACACCACCACUAAUACCAUACUCACAUCUGAUGUGGUAGAUCCUCCUGCAGAUGCCUGGUGCAUGGUUGUGGCUGUUCUGCUGCACUACUUUUUGUUGGCAACAUUUAUGUGGACAGCACUCAAUUCUGCACAGCUGUACUUACUGCUGCUUAGGACCAUGAAACCCUUUCCUGGACACUUCGUUCUAAUCAUGUCAGCAAUCGGAUGGGGGGUCCCUGCUGUAGUAGUUGCAAUAACACUCGGAGCUACUUACAGAGAAGGGAAAGCUUUAAACUACCGACAGGAAGAAUUUUGCUGGCUUGCAGCCCUGGAUCACAAUCAGAAUUUCAGCAUGAAAAAGCCCAUGUUCUGGUCCUUCCUUUUGCCAGUAGCAUUCAUACUCCUCUUUAACAUCAUCAUCUUUGUCGAGAUCAUUGUUUCCGUGAUAUGGAAGGAGAACAAAAACCUGACAAGGAAUAAAAAGGAUUCACUCAUGAAAAAGAUGACUGCCACUAUCUCCAUAGUUGUAGUGCUUGGAAUCACUUGGACGAUUGGCUAUCUCAUGCUAAUAAGUCAUGAGGAAACAAAUCUUUUUUUCAGCUACGUGUUCUGCAUUUUUAAUGCCACACAGGGACUUCAGAUUUGUAUUCUGUACACUUUCAGAUCCCCAAUCUUCAAGAAAAAAGCUUCUGAAGUGUUUUCUGUUUUGAGGGUACCAGGGAUACAAUUUUAUCUGCCCUCAGAAAUUUACCAUGUUUCAAAAUCACAGCCUUCAAAGCAUUCCCAGGGAAUUUUCAGAUUAUCUGAGACUUCUACGGAAAAUAUUUCCUUGUCCACUCUCCCUCACGGCUGUUAGAAACCUGUAAAUAUAUUAAAUAUAAUCCUGAAUGUUUUUUUCAUGGUUUGCUUUAUGUAGACCUCACUGGUAUCUUGAAUGAUGGACAUACUGUUCCAACUGCAGGUAGCCUGGAAUAGAUUUUAAGACAAGAACAGCAGGAGUAAAAAGUAGAACUGCAUGUGUGUGAUUGUGCAGAGGUAACACAAUGGUACAUCUUGAUACCACUUGCACUGCAGGCAACGGAGAAAGGUCUUUGAAAGGAGGCUAUUAUAGAUUUGUGUUACAGUACAGACAUAUGAAGUUGCUCUGUUCAUGCCUUUUUCAUCACUCAGGCCAGUUUAACACAUUUACCUAGACUGUGUAAUGUAGCUCUUCUCUCCCUUUUGCAAGAACAAUUUUAAUUUAAUAAGAAACCAGAAGGUAAAUCAAAUGUACAGUUUUUGCUGGUUCUGAGUCCAAACUAUAUGUACUACCUCCAUAAAAUGUUGGGUUUUGACUGUCUUAUAAAUAGAUAACCUAGGUACUAUUCACAUCACCCCAGCAUUCACCUUUAGGAUGUCUAUUCCCUUUUGGAAGUACACAGGUGCUGCCAGAUACCAGCUGGGGUACUUUAACCAGCAUUUGGCCACAUUUUGGCCUUUGGCUGCACCUUUCUUUCUAUUUCUCCAUCCUUUGGUGUUAUGGAGAGCUUGGCAGAGGAACAAGCAGCUCUUUGCCCUUUGUGACCUUGAGCAAAGUUCUAAGGCCCACUGUAGAGGGCUGUUGUCUACCAAAUGGGAGUAAAUAUUCUGACACAUCUCAUUCUCUGUGUGAAGAAAAAAAAGCCUGAGAAACGUGGACAGGCAAUUUGAAAAAACAUUAUCUUUUUUUUCAAAUGCAUUUGUAUGCCUUGCUGUCUCUGGUUUACAAAACAAAUACUAUCACCAUGCUGAGUUUUUCAUAACCUGCUUUAAGAAGCGUGGCCAGCCUCCCCCAUUAAUAAGCCUCCAAAAGAGCCGGCUAUCAGACACAAGGCUGAAGUUCAUCACUAUUGCUCCAGAAAGGCAAAGGUCAGUAAAACUUAUCUAGGAAAGGUAAUCGAUACUUUUAUGGCUUUUUUUUUUUUUUUUUUUUUUUGACAGGUUAUGUAUGUUUCAGGUUGCAUAAUAAAUAUGUGUAAAUCCAAUUUGUAACACCUGUCUUUGCUGACUCCUUUAGCUUUAGCAAUUAUUAUGUGGUUUAGGAAGGACGAUCAUGCUGUCAAAAACAGCUAUGAUAUUGUGAGGGUGGCUCCUUCAAAGAAUAAUAGCACUUUCUUGUUCUCCAAAUCCCAUUUAAUUUUGAAUACAGAUCUUUUUAAAAGCUUAAUAAAUACAUUAUUCCCAUAUUAUACCAAAAACGCAAAAACAAAAAACCCAAACAUGCACACACAAAAACUACAACCAAAGUAUAUAUAAUACUGGAUUGCAAAAUGUUGACUUUUAACUAAUCACAUCAAACACACUGUUUUGAAUGCUUUUAGAUACUAGCAAAACAC